AUGCAGGGAGCAUACUAUCAACCCGUCGACGCUGUCAAAUUCGAUCAUUCAGAAGAAGAGGGCCACUCAUAUCGUUCGUCAAAUCGUCUAAGGCAAUUUCUCAACGGUUACCUCAAAUCCCCUUUAAUUAUACUCAAUUCCAUUCUUGUCCUCUUACUCGGCCUACUGGUGGGCAUCAUCUCUUGGAACUACAUCGACAAAGUCAGAGUAUCAACAUGCGGCCAAACACCAGAUGAAGCACGAGCCAAGGGAUGUCUUUUUGAAUCACAUAAUUUUGCCUGGACACCUCCUGAGUGUUACGACAAAGAACUCAACGCGAAGUGGGAUUCGAAAAAUUGGGGCUAUUCACGGAACGCGGAAGGCACUGAUAUGAUUUCUCAGGAGGAGAUAUUGCUGGGCGAGCAUAAAUGGGCUUACGUCACCCUUAACCAACAUCUGUCGCACUGCAUCCUCAUCUGGCAGAAAUAUCAGCGAGCUGUUAUGUUCCAACGGCCUGCAGAUAACUGGACUGCAAGUUUUGCCCACACAUACCAUUGUGGGCAUAUGCUAGUCCAGUGGGGCCUUAAUCACAGUGCAUACGACAGCAUACUGUAUACCAAGUAUGUCUCUUGCGAUUACAGCUGGAAGUCACCAGAUUUUCGUAUGUUCAGUGCAAUGAACGGGCCAGUUGACGGUGGCUUGGUUGGUGAUGACGGAAAUCAUGCGGAUAGUAUGAGCGGUAAAACUCCAAUCGACCCCGGGCACGAAAAUGAACAUAGUAUCCAGCAAUUAUAA